CAGCCAUCAUGGCCUCAGAAAGAGACCCCAGCAAGCCCAAGGCACCCGAAUUUGCCGACCGACUAUCUUCCAUGGCCGCAGCAGCGUUCCUGGGAAUCGCAUGGUUCAUCUGCAUCGAGCUCAACAUCCGCCUGUUUUACAGGGCCACGCGUCGCAGCCUUUACUUCUGGAGCUGCUUACUCUGUAGUUGGGGUCUCGUAGUCCACGGCAUCUCGAUCCUCCUAGUCAACUUCAACAAAUGGACAUCAUACUCUGCCAUCGUCUUCAUUCACCUCUCAUGGCUCCGUCACCCACGCUUCGUCGCGCGACUCGAGAACGCCAACCUGAUCUGGGACAAGGUGCAAGUCGCCGCUUUCUUUACCCAAGAAUCCCUCAUCGGGUUUUUCUACAUCUAUCAAACCAGUAUGUACUUGCAGAACCUCCAACUUCUGGGCAAAAGUCGUCGCGUCACUCGAGACAAUCUCCGGAGUCUAAUCGCUGUCAACGUCCUCAUAAUCAUGCUCGAUGCCAGCGUCCUGGGUUUGUGCUACAGCGGCCACUUCUUCCUCCAGGGUUUCUACAAGGUCGCUGUAUAUGCCGUCAAGCUGCGCACGGAGUUUACUAUCUUGAAUCAGCUGAGGCAGGCGCUUGCGGAUGGCUCAACAGGUGGGUCGGGAGUUGCUGUGCAGACCGAUCAGAGACCUAUCGUGAUGGCUUCUCCAAAGUCAAACGACGUGGUGGAGGUAGUCGAAUAA